UUCGUAGCAAGCUAUAGUUUUAAGAAUAUUGGUAAAUCUUUUUAUUGUUAAGUAAGCUUAUAUUAUUCCUUUUUUUCAGCUUUUAAUAUAUCAAAAAUCUUCAAUGCUAUCUAUCGUUUGAAAUCAAAAUAGUAAAAUACAAUUACAUUUAGAAAAUUUAGAGGUUAUCAAUCAAUUAAGUUGUUUAACUUAAGCAAAUAAUUAUUAAAAGGUAAAUAAAAUAGCAUUUUGCUAACAUCCAUAAAAAAAAAGAAACAUAAAUCAAAGCCAAACUGUUAAAUGGAUUAAGACAAAGAAAAACAGAGCCAAACAAGUUUUAAUCCAAGCGAAAUGAAAGAAAGUUUGAUUAAACUUUUAUCAUAUAAUAAGCAUAUCACAUCAAAUGUUAUUGAUCUAGUCUUUGAAGAAAUCUAAUUUAAAUAUUACUAAAAGGAUGAUGCUAUAUACUAAAAAGGCUAAUAGAUAGAAGAGUUAUCUAUUCUCAUGUAUGGAAAAGUUGGAAUGUUCAAAUCUAUUUAUAAUAAAGACCUCAACAUAAAAGAAGAUGUUUUAAUAUAAGAAUUUCAAAAGGGAGGAGUUCUUGGAUUAAAGAAUCUUACAUAAGCAAUGAGUUCUUUUGAAGAGUAUACUUAUAUCUCUUUAUCCUCAUGCUAGGUAGCAGUAAUAAAUAAGAAUGCAUUUAAUUAGCAUCUCAAAAAACCUUUUGAAAAUUUUAUUAGAGAUGUUGUCCUCUUCCUAAAACAGAUAUCUUUGUUCAAUUGCAUAUCAUAUAAUAAGCUAUAACAAAAUUGCUAUUAUAUUUCUAUAUAUUAAGCUCAAAGAGGAUAAGUAAUAUAUUAGCUAGAAGAACCACAUAGAGAUUUCUACGUUUUGUUAGAAGGCUCUGUAGCAUCCUACUAAAAGGUUAAAUUAAGAACAUCAGGAUUUUCACAAUUUUUGUAAAACCUAGGUGACCAUGAAUAAAAAUUAUUAUCUAAUUCAACAAAUAUUUUAGAAAAUAACACUUCAAGAUCUUUGAAAUAAGCUGAGAGAAUGGUUAAGAUAAGAGAAUAUCAUUAAGGAGAGUUCUUUGGAGAGUAAGAAAUUAUCUAAAACAAAAAAAGAUAAUUUACUAUUUUGAGUGAAGGAAACUGUAUCAUACUCAGAUUUACUCCUUACAUGUUUUAAAAACUAAUUAAAGAGGAUUAAGAGUGUUGGAAUAUUUUAUAGCACCAAACAUAGGUCAAAGAAAAAUUAAUAGAGUAACGUAAUCAGAAAUUUUAAGCUUCUCUUAAGAUAGUAAAUGAAAAUAAUGACUUAAUUAUGAACAGAAACAACUUGAAUUUUCCAAUCAAUUCAUUAAAAAAUACAAAUUUUAAAGGGGGGAAUAAUAAUUUUCAAUUUUUAAUCAAGUAGUCCCUCCAAACAUUAUAAGCUUAAACUGAUGAAUCAAUUAAUACUCUUUCAAAUUAAGACAUGUAAUUUAAUACAUCCUCUCCUAAAAAUCCAAAAAGUUUAAUAAGAUUAGAUUCCUAAACAAGACUAUCUAAUACUCAAUGCUCAACUCACGCAUAAAGUUUAACAUCUCGUUUAACUGAGAGUUAGUAAUCACCAUUUUCAUCAUCACAAGCUUCACCCUUUUAAAGAAAAGGCAAAAAGAAUUUAAGUAUGAUACCAUUAUAAAGCCUUAACAUUAUUAAUGAAAAUGAAUUGAAAGAUGCGUUUAUAAAAAAUUCUUCAUUAAAGGAAAUAGAUUUAAACCUAAAGAAAAAUUAAUAUAACCUUUCUUCAAUAUCGCCUAUAUAAAAACCUUAAAAUAAAAUAGUAAGAUCUCUAAAUAGAUAAUGGACUGCUUUAAACCUUAAUUCAGAAAAUACUGUAAAUACUAUUUAACUAAAUGAAUCUAAAGAUUUAAUUGAUACUACUACCAAAAAAAGAAAUUCAAGUACAAAUAAUAUAUUUCCUAUCAGCUCUCCUUAAAUAAAUGACUCUACUCUAAAUAUUUAAACUGAUGCUAGAAGUAAAUUAAAUACCCAAAAAAGACAGUAAAGGCCAUGCGCUAUGAAAGAAAGAAUUAGUAGUCAAGAUUUUAUUUUUGAUAAAAACAAGCACUCUACUUUUGGUUUCAAUAAUCAAGCAAUUGAUAGCGUUAGUGAUUUGCUUAAAAUGAAAUAACUUUCAGGGAGAUGGUAAUAGUAGCAAAAAAACAUUACUGAGGAAAUGUUUUAAAAAUAAGAAAAUGGGAAAUUUAUUUCAAAUAUGAUAUAAAAAUUAAAAAUUGCCUAGGAUACAGAAUAAUAAACAAAUUAAAAAUAAAAAUAAGUUGGAAUUAUUGAUAAACAUACUGAAAAUUUUGCUCUUAACCUAAAAAAUGUAUUUUACAGAGUGUUUAAUAAGAAAAACAUUACUCAAGAAGAAACUUAAAAAGGUUUAGAAAAAUAAGUUAUUGAUGAAGGAAUUAAAAAAUAUAUCAAAUUGCACUCAUCAAUCUAAACAAAUAAAAACCAAGUUGAUUACUUAAAGUAAAAAAGAUUGAAAUACAAUGAUUAAUUAGCAAAUGUCAUUUAUGGAAGAGUUAAAAAUUAUGUUGAAAAGAAAAAAGAAGAUGAUUAAGUUUCAAACACUCCUAGAAUAAUAACAUAUAAAUCACCUUCUUAAAUAUUAUAACAAGGAUAUGAAUAAUACAGUUAAGAUUUCAUUUUAAACGAAGAAUUUUCAUCUGAUUCAAAUAAAAUAUAGCUUAAGUUUCCCUUUUCAUUAACUCCUUUGAAAUAUAAAUCUACAAUCAAACAUACAUGCUAAAUUGAGGAAAAAGAUUUACCAGAUGAUGACGAAGAAAUAGACAUUAAAAGUAUAUAAUCACCAAGAGUUACGAAUAUUGAAUAUAAAUAAUUUUAAGAUCAAAUUGCUAGUCCUAUUCACAUAGAACACAAAAAGUAAUAAAGUCCAAGAAUUACUAGAAAGUAAUAGGCAGAAAUAACCUAGCAGGUGUAUCCAUUAAAUAUGGUCUCUGAAAGCAUACAAAGCAGUGUAUAUAAAUCUUACUCUCCAAAUACUAAAGCAAUACAAAGCAAAAAAUCAACAGCGCAUGCAAUGUUUAGGAAUAAUUCUAAAAAUUCUUUAAAAUUAGAUCCAUCUACUAUCUGCUUGUUAAAAAGGUAUGAAUUAAAUUUGUCACUAAAAAAUAAGUUUCACACAGUCUCAAGAAGUACUACUUAAAUUGAUUGCCAAUCUUUAUAGAAUAGUGGAGUGUUCAAAGUAACAUAAUUAAAAAAUAAUCAGUAAUAAUUAUUAAAAACACUGAAAUAAAAUAGAAUCAACAAUUGUUGA